AACACAGAGCCCAGAGAAAGCAGAGAAAGCAGAGAAAGCGGAGAAAGCAGCAACAAUAUCGACAUUGACACAACAACAAGGAGCGAUGAAGUCGGAGAAGAUGGAAAAAGUAAAGCGCACAUAAUGGCACUUCAAUAUGUGAGGCGAAAUUGUGGGAUGUACUGCGCUCCAACCCAAGGGGGGAUGCUGCUUUUCGGAUGCUGAGAGUCCUACCAGAGAGGGGGCUUUAGCGGGAGCUCGAUAUGGGGCGCGGUGGGGACGGAGGUAACCAACAGCUUGUUAGUGGCUUUGUUGGUCAGUACUUUUAACUAAUGUGUUUUGUGCGACCAUAGAGAAUCUCAAGUGCCCACACACAUGCUCUGGCUCUUUCCCAUAUUUGAUGUACUUAAUGCAAGCACAGCAAAAAAAUUUAUUUUACAUUUUUCCAAGAUAGUAUUAUAUUUUUUUCCCAUUCAUCACUCUUUAUGAAUUUAAUAGAAUUUCUUUAUUAUUUUUCAAGUAAACCUCUUUAAAUAUUCUCCCAACAUAUAUUUUUUAUUUCUUAUUUAUUAAAAUUUUAUGAUCCCAUAAUGUUGAGACUACCACUUCCAUCCCAAAAGAAUGGUCUGAAAAAAAUAUCCUUCGUUAAUGUGUCGUUAGAUUAUAUACAAAAUAUCACCGACUUCCAAUGCAUGAUUUUGAGAAAAAAGAGUUCAAAUUUUUGAGUCUAUUUUCCAUCAGUUUCAAAUUCUUGUUGAAAAUCUAUCGAAUUUUACUUCUAUGAGUUAUUCUAUUGGGAUUAAUCUUCAUAUAUAAUAAUCAGAUUUAACUAAACUUUUCACUGAUAUGUUUUAGAAACAUCCAUUUUAUAAAGUACGUACUACGUAGGCUCUAAAAAUAAAUUUAAAAAAACCCUAUUAUACCUAUUAUUAGCAUGUUUUCCAAUCCAAAAAUAUAAUUUAAUAUUUGACUUUGUCGAGUGCAUAUCCUUUAGUUUCCUUUGAAUUGAAGGGUGCCAGUGGCACCGCAAAAUGUGUGCAAGUGGGUUUUUGGGGGUACAGGCAAGAGGGGAACUUGUCUGGCUCUCGGCUUCCUUUGAGCUUCUUUAGUUUCGGCUGCUGCAUAAAAUAACCGCAUAAAAUGUCCUUAAGUAUAACGAAAUUGAGUCCGCACAUAAAUUCAGAUUAUGAGAUUAAAAUGUUGUGAUUUUCGCACAUAGAGAGCACGGCCCAGACUCUUGGCCAGCCCGGGAAACCCUUUUCAUAGUGAAACCCGAAAAAGGGGAUGCCGAAUAUUCUGUACACUGGUAGCUGGUAGCCGGGACACGCCAGGACCUCAUUGCAAAAUACGCUGGAAUAAGCAAUAGCAGCCCCAUCAAAAGUGGCAACAACAUCAACAGCAGUCAAGCCAAUGUAAUGAGUUUAUAUCGCUCUUUUGCCCUCGAGCAUGAUUUUAUGAAAAAAUAACACAAAGUACAGUGGAAUUGGCUCUUAUGAGAUUAUUCAAAUCGGAUAGAAAAUGUGAAAGGUUAUCUGCCAGUCGAAGUUUUUAUGGGAAAUAAAUAAAGUUAAUGGUGGCACUGUUUUUAAAUUAUUAAAGACAUCAAAGGGAUAAACUGUUUUGACACUUUCAAUAUAUAAUCCUUAAUAUUCAUACAAACUUUAACAUAAAUAUUAUUUUAAAAAAUCUUGAAAGUUGUCUCUACUGUACUUCUGGCGAAUAAUAAAGAUGUUGCGGUCGUGGCCGGCGAUCAAAGUCAAAUAUUUAGCUUGGAUGUUUACAAAUUGGGUCAGCUGGUCAUUUUAGCCGGCCUUCAGCUAUGCAGUCGACCCUCCUUCGCCCCGGGGCUGGCGCCUGUUUUUAACCCGUUACGAUGUAAAUUUCCCAAAAAUUGAGAGCCAAAGAAUCUCUGGGUAUCUGGCCAUCGGACGGGCUAUCAGCUGUCGCUUCAUUAUGACGCUAAUUGACGGUAUUGCUGUUUGUUAAAGGACACUGGCAAAAGGAUUAGGAGCGGGAACCACCUAACCGCCGGAGAGACCGCAACGUAGGACGGCAGAAGAAAGGCGAAAAUGCCAGAAACGUCGCUCACUUGACCCAUAAACAGUUUAGUUUGACUUAAUCCGGUUAUAUAUCCGGAUUAGCGAGCGACCAACACAGAACGGACUUUUUUCCACCGUUUUGCCAACUUUACGACACUUUUUAGGUAAUGAAUGGGAUUACAUUUUUUUAAUCCACUGCGCGCUGUCAAGCAGCUGGCUGUAAAAAAUCUAAUGACCACAAAAAAAUAGCUCCCAGGUCAGUUUUCGGACUGGAGGAAACCGAUUGACCUGCGGCCUAGGUCUCAUGAAUGGGCAGGUCAGAAAUAAAUCCGACCAGUCCGCCGGAGUAUAAAAUAGCGAGGCAUCGCUGACGUAACCAGCAAACGCAAUCGAACCAUCCAAGAACCGACAUGUGCCUUCUGCAGCAGAAAAGUGUGUCCCAGGGCAAGUCCGGACAGGAGCAGAGUCCUGGCCAGGGACUGGAGAACUCGCCGCCACGUUCACCCACCGCGGCAUACGCCAUGUUCAUGCACCGCGAGGAGCUUAGACGCCGAAAGGUGCAUUCUUCAAGGGCCUCUGUAACCAAGAUUCAUCUGACCAGCGAGCUAAUCGCCAGGACUAAGCAGAACAUCAGGCAGUGCAGCUUCGAGGAUCUGGAGAUUCUUGCCCGGGAGACGCUCUUCAAGAAGAGCCUGCAACGCCAUCUCCACUACAGACGGAUGCAGAUGCAACAAUGGAUGAUGAACAAGAAGAAAGCACUUCCCAAAGACAAGAAAUAAUUUAAUUUAUAUUAUAUAUAUAUUUUUUUAGAACAGCUAAAGUGAUAUUUCAAAAGUUUAAAUAGUUAUUAUAAUAUAGUUAUUAUAUAGUUCUUUAGUAAGAUUUGAAAUAGCUUGCACUAUUAUAUGCCAUAAAGAAAUAAAGGACUUCUACAUAUAUAAUAAAGGACUUCAUUUUACAAAA